AGUACAAGUUUCUAAAUGAUCCAAUAAAUUUUGUUAUUCCUUUUAUAUAUUACAAAACUGAAAAAACAUAACAAGGUACCGGUGGACGAUUGUGUACUUUUAAAUAUUUGAAGUUUUAGACAAUUUCUAAUUACUAUCUAAAUACGUCGUUAAAUUAAAAAGAAACUUAAUAAGGUUAUGUGGUCAAAUCACAAACAACUUAAUAUUCUAUCAUAUUUUUUCUCUAAUUUUGUUUUUUCUUAUCAUAUUUAUUAUGGCAAAUAAAUGUAAGGAAUGUGGUUGCACGUGCAAACAAUGUAAUAAAUAUGAACAAAUGCAUAAUGAUAUGCAUUUGCACGUGGAAAUAGAAAACUUGCGUCAACGAUUAGUCGAGAGAGAUAAUCAUAUUGUAACAAUGGAAACACAGUUUUUAAAUGAAGCUGAAAAAUUUCCCAAUGGUGAAUUAGCAUCACUGAAAGAAGAAAUGAUUAUUUGGCAAGAUAAAUAUACAAGAUUAUAUGAAUCUCACAAACGUAUUCAAAAAGUUAACCAGAAUCUUGAAGAUAAACUGUUAAAGAUUGUUGACAAAUGUGAGACUGAGAAAGGUGCCUUUACCAAGGAUAUAGCCACUCUCUCCAUUAAAUUGGCUGAUGCUAAUUAUAGUAUUCAUCAAUUAACACAAGAUAAUGAAAAAUAUCGACGCGAUAUAAUUUUAGCCACUCAGCUACUUCAAUGUAAGCCAUCUAAUUUUGUUGGUCAAAAAUACGAAUCUCUACCAUCAGAAGUUCAAGCAAAAGUAAGAACAUAUGUUACACAGAAAAAUCAUAUAAGUGAAAUUCCCAAUACAGAUAUUAAAAGCAUAACAGUUCCAAUAUCUACAUUUCCUCCAACAGCCAUGGUAUAUAACGUUGCAAAGCCAAUAAUGGAUAAACAAGAUAUUAAUAACGAUGAUAAUGAAAAAUCUCCCAUAGACAUGGUAUCAGCAGCUAUUAUGGCUAAAGUCUUAGAGGAUAGAGAAAAAGAAAGAAUAUUUGCUCGACAUUGUAAUACUUGUACAUGUCAUAGAAAUGUUUUAAAAGUUGAUAAUGAAAGCCAAACAACACAAGCACAAGAUGAAAAUAUCAAAGAUAUGAAUUUGAAUUGUAGCAAAGGGUAUUCUCUUUAUAAUAACUUAAAUGUAAAACAUGAUACUUAUCAUUGUUCAAGUGGAACAGUAGAAUCAACACUACAUAUGGAUAAUGAAAAUUUUAAAAUAUCUUGUCGAAAUAGCACUAAUGACAAUACUUAUUUAAAUUUUACAAAUUCACAUAAAAAUCGAAGUAUUACAAAUGAAGUCAAUAUUCAGGAUAAAUCUAAGUCAAUAAAUGAAGUAGCUAGGAUGGAAAUACAAAGUAGUCUGAAUAAUUAUGAGAAGUCAAUAAGUGAAGCAAAAUUAGCAAAAGAGAUGGAAAAUUUUGAUGAGCUAUUAUGGAAAAGUAAUUGGAUAAAUUCAAAAGGUUUGCAAAAUACUAAUGAAAGUGAAACGAAGUUAGACGUUAUAAAUGAGAAAUCGCCUCCAUUAUCAGUGAGCGACGUAAAAAACUCAAAUUACUUAAUUAAAAAUGAGAAAAUGCAACCAGAAUCAACUUCUAGUCCAAGUUUUGGCGAUUCUGAACAUUACCAACCGGUAUUCUAUACUAGUAAAUGCAAUAGGCCUAGCACGGCAUUAGUACAUGUUGCUAAAUCUUCACGAUCCGACAGAUCUACAUCGAUAAGCAAUGACGAGAAUGCGUCUUGCACAUUACAUAAAAGUGCGCAAAUGCAACCAGAAUCAACUUCUAGUCCAAGUUUUGGCGAUUCUGAACAUCACCGAUCGGUAUUGUAUACUAGUGGAUACAAUAGGCAUAGCACGGCAUUAGUACAUGUUGCUAAAUCGUCACGAUCUGACAGAUCUACAUCCAUAAGCAAUGACGAGAAUGCGUCUUGCACCUUACAUGAAAAUGUGCAAAUGCAGAGAGUAGCUGAGUGGAUUAAUACAAUCACUACUGAUAGUUCACAACUUGAGAAUAAUUCAUUGUCCUCUGAAAUUGAGCAUCAACCAGAUUUAAUAACUUUUGAAAGUUUCAGUGAUUUCUCAAAUAAUGCAUCUGAAAAGCUAGAAGAAAUAUAUUUAAGCCUAAAGAAUAAAGAUAUUUACCAAUAUCUUGAUAAGAGUAAAUAAAUAUCAAGAAGAGCAGAAUGGCUGUUAAAGAAGCUUGCAAGCCAACUUUCAAUCUAAAACGUAAUUCUGCUUAUUAUAUUAAAAUUUAGUUCUGUACGACGGAAAGAAGUCUU